GAGGGGGGGGGGGGUAUGAAGGCUUCGGACAGCAGCAUUCUCUUUCUCUUCUUCGCACUUCCUCUCGCUCAGCUUGGGCGCUGUGUUCUGCACCCUCCUUCCGCAAUGGUGAAGUAUGCGAGGGAACCCGAUAAUGCGACCAAGGCCUGCAAGGCCAGAGGGUCGGAUUUGCGAGUGCACUUCAAGAAUACUAGGGAGGCAGCGCAAGCCAUUAAGCAUAUGGAGUUAGCCAAGGCCAAGAGGUACCUAGAAGAUGUGUGUGCGCACAAGCAAGCUAUCCCCUUCCGCAGAUUCUGCGGCGGAGUUGGGCGAACUGCCCAGGCCAAGGCUCGUCACUCCAACGGGCAGGGGCGUUGGCCUGUGAAGUCAGCUACCUUCUUGUUGGGUUUGUUGAAGAAUGCUGAGAGCAAUGCAGAGGUUAAAGGUCUUGAUGUAGACACUCUUGUUGUAUCCCACAUUCAAGUUAACCAGGCACAGAAACAGCGUAGACGAACCUACCGUGCUCAUGGACGUAUCAACCCUUACAUGUCCUCUCCUUGCCACAUUGAGCUCGUCCUCUCAGAGAAGGAGGCUCCAGUAAAGAAAGAGGUUGAGGAAGUUGCUGCCCCCAGGACAAACAGGAAGAACCAAGCCCGCCUGCGCAGCGGCGCCACUUCAGCCACUGCGACUGCUUAGAUACAAUGUUGAUUGCGAACAGUCUCUGCCCAUGAGUUGUGGGACACUCCCACUGUAUCAAACGCUUUAUCAAAGAAGCAAUUUGUGGCUCAAAUCUUGCGCUGGGUUUUGCAUGACAUAGAAGUAUUGAUUAAGUGUUUCUCGUCACGUUAUUGAAUACGUGACAAAUAUUUAGUGACAAGAAAUGAUGAGGGUCUCGGACUUGAUCCCAGAAUGAUGAAAAACACCUAAAUUUGGAAG